CUGUUUCCGAAGCCAAGUUCCCUCCUGUAUUCUGCCCUUUGGUGCGACGUAUUUCCGGUGUGUGGUGUCAGCUUACCGUGACUGUCUGGUGUAAUCAGGGCCCGGGCCGGGAACCGAGCGGGGAGACAGGCUGGACACGGACACAUACAAACAUGUCUUUCAUAUUUGAAUGGAUUUAUAACAGCUUUAGCAGCGUGCUGCAGUUUUUAGGAUUAUAUAAGAAGUCGGGGAAACUAGUGUUUUUAGGCUUGGAUAACGCAGGAAAAACUACCCUGCUACACAUGCUAAAAGAUGACCGGCUCGGUCAGCACGUGCCCACACUACACCCAACAUCUGAAGAAUUGACCAUUGCUGGCAUGACCUUUACAACCUUUGAUCUGGGUGGACAUGAACAAGCCCGACGUGUUUGGAAAAACUACCUGCCGGCAAUAAAUGGGAUUGUGUUCCUUGUGGACUGCGUAGAUCACUCGCGCCUUCAGGAAUCUAAAGUAGAACUUAAUGCGCUUAUGACAGAUGAAACAAUCUCCAACGUGCCAAUACUCAUCCUGGGGAAUAAAAUUGACAGACCUGAGGCCAUCAGUGAGGAGAAACUUCGUGAAAUCUUUGGACUUUAUGGACAAACCACAGGAAAAGGUAAUGUUCCGCUGAAGGAUCUGAACGCUCGUCCCAUGGAGGUUUUCAUGUGCAGUGUGCUCAAGAGACAAGGUUAUGGCGAAGGCUUCCGCUGGCUCUCACAGUACAUUGACUGAUACAUUUAUUAUAUUUUUUUCUCUCCCAUCUCUCCCUCCGGAACGGCAAAAACAAAAAAAACAAGGCAACUAUACCGUGUUCAGUUCCUUUGGACUUGACUCUAACAGGACUUCUGUAUCAGAGCGGGGGCCAGCUUACGAAGGCAGUGAUCCCUGCAGAGCGACAGCCAGGAGUCUCGUGGGCACCUCUCUCUGCUCAAGAAUUAAUUGAUUUCAAAUGAAAGCAAUUAUAUUUUUUAAAGAAAGUGUCAAUGUAAACAAUGUCCCAUCUCUAUUUCCAUUUAUUCUCACGUUUGUAUUAGGCUUUUUUAUUUUUGUUUCUUUUUUUUUUUUAACUAUUUAAUGGUAUGUAGCUAUCACAAAUUCUGGAACCAAGUAACGUUUCAUCGCAUUAAGAGUCCACAAUAAACAUAGUCUUGGGCUGGCAAGCUUUCCAAGAAUGAUUUUGCUCUGGUCGUUUGCAUGUUGUCUGAGCAGGGACAGCCCAUUGUGCCGGAUGAGUGUGAACACUUGGUGGUUCUCUUUUUGCCUUUUAUGGAGUAGGGUGAAGUUUUCCAAAAUCAGGAGUAAAGGUGCUUGUUCUGUCCGUAUACACUAAAUCGCUAAACUUAUUUACAGAUAAAUAUAAUUACAAGUUAUAGGUUUAAUAAGGACUAACAUCUCAAUUUGUAUUUUCCCCCAAAUUGGUUUUAGUUGCAUUUUAUAACCACUGGAUCACCCAACUCCGAUUCUCAAGCUAACCUAAUUCACAAUGAAAUAAAAACACUCAGUCACAAACUGAUAUUAUUUAUGUACGUGCCAGAACCAACCCUCGGCACCUAAUAGUAUGGUGGUAUAUGCUGUAUUUUAGGUUGGUUUCGGUAUCGUUCAUAGAGGUGAUGAGAAUACAUUAUUUGGGGGGUUUCGCAUUAUUAUUAUUUCUGGGCUCGCAUUAUUAGGAAAAUAUACAAGAUGUCCCUUCAAUACAUUUUACUUUUCAGUUACAGGUGGUGAUUUGUGGCAGUUUCUGCAAGAAAAAUAAGUUGUUUUUUUUUGUAAUUUCUUUUGUAAGAAAUUGCUAAUGUUUGAGAAUGAAAUGAUUGCAGGUCACUUCUGUAGACAUGUAUAAAAGAUACUAAAUAAAUCUAUUAACUGUUAAAUAGAGAA